UUUUCGGUUUCUUGUUAGAUCCAAAAAUCCAGUAACCAUGCCGAAAUGAUAUAAAGCUGUUCGUUACUAAAACGUUUUUUUGCCAGCUGUUACAAAUUACUGAUUAGACCCAGUAGCAGAAUUCAGUCGCUUACAGAGAGCGUUUGGUUUGCGUCUCAUUGGAUUUGGGCUGCCUGAUCAUGAUUUACUUAUGUCUAGGAUUUUUUGUUUUUGCAGUUGCCACACCAUUUGAAGUGUCUGGAGAUAGUCAUAAUGAUAUUCAAAUUACAUGUGGGGAGCAAUCUGUUUAUGUUAUUUGGAAAGUGGACAAAUCGAUGACUGGAAAUCCUACUCGUCUUUUUCUGGGUACUUGUUUUCCUUCACGCUUCUCGAAUAAGACCAAUGGAGCAGUUGCAGAAUUUUACUAUGGACUUACUGAUUGCGGCUUCAGACGUAUGGCAACAUGGAAAUACUUGGUGUAUGAGAACAAGCUGAACUACAGGCCACUGCCAAAGCCCCACCCUCCUUCUUUCAGCUAUCCAGUUAGAUGUGUUUAUGACAGACCGAAGGGUUGGACUCCUGCUUUCCAGAGCUCUUCUGCUGGUUUUAUUCAAGGUCAUGGAGAACUGGCCUUUAACAUGGCAAUUCUGAAUUAUAAUUUCAGUGGCCCUGCAGAAUCCAAUGUCUUUCCACUGGGAUCUUUUGUUCCUAUAUGGGCCGGUGUUAACCAGCAAGCCCAUCAACCUCUGCUGCUGCUUCUGGAGGAAUGUGUAGCCUCCACAACAUUUGAAAUCUACCCAGAUACUCUUACAUACCCACUCAUCACCAACAAAGGGUGUCUCGUGGAUAGUAAGAAGAGCUUUUCCAGGUUUUUGCCAAGGUAUCACUCCUCCUCGAUUAUUCUUAACCUACAAGCUUUCAGAUUCGCUGUGGGACAAGAGGUCUAUAUCCAUUGCAAACUAAUUGCAUGGGACCCUGACAACCUCAACGAAGCAAAUAAAGCCUGCAAUUAUAAUCAAACCACAGGAGAAUGGGAGCUUCUAGACGACCCAUUCCAGAAUUCUCUUUGUCAGUGCUGUGAUUCAACAUGUCAAGUUCGUGAAAAGCGGGACACCAAUUCUGCACCUCAAGGACUGGUACUAAAGUCAGUGUUGGGACCUCUGACAUUUACAGAAGUUUCACCAUGAUGCUACUCCGUGCCAUUCUUUCUCUUAUGCUGAGUGGCUGUCUAGUAAUGCAAUGGAUGACUGACAGGUGCUGAAUGAUUGAUUGGAGAGAGUGAUGAGUGGUGGUCCAUGAAGGCAUGCCUUUUUUUGACUGUUCCAUCUUUUAUGUAAAACAUAACAUCUCCUUUUGAGUCUGUUAUUUGAAGCUUUCUUUCUGUAAUCGCUUCCUCUAAAAUAAAAAAAAAAUGGAGAACUCUGUUUUAUCUACAUGAGGGUGGGAAACAUUGCAGGACACCGGCCCUCCAGAAUCAGAGUUUUGCUUCAACCCUAAUCAAACACACCUGAACCAGCUAAUCAAGGUCCACAGGACGCAGUUAGGCUUUUUUUUUUUUCAGGGUUGGAGACAAAAUCUGCUGGAAAGUGGCCCUCCAAGAUCAAUGUUCCCUACCCCUGGUCUACAUAGAUGGCUCAUAAAUUAGCUCAGUAUUUCCUUAAGAUAUGUAUUAAAACAGAUUACUAAGGAAGCAAGGUAUAGCAUGUCUUGUGGUAAACUCUUUGAGUACAGUAAAAUUCCUUCAGAAACUUGGAACUCUGGUUAAUAUGAUUUGUAUAAAAUGAAGAUCUCCGCUCUGGGUGUGAAAUGAAAAUGCAGGUCCUCAAUGACUCAUAAAAACAGUAGCCUGUGUUUUCUAAUGCUGCCUGGGAGUGAUUAUUCCAGGAAGUAAGUGUUAAAGAGUUAUUUUUGUAAUUGUUUCCAGAAUUGUCAUAAUGUAAGGGGGUUGAUUCUAUCCUAUCCUAGCAGUAUAAAGUCACACAAACAGACCUUAGACUAAUACAGGAGUAGGCCCUACUUCAAUAGAAACAUGAGGACAAUAUUUUAUAAAAAUGCCUUAUUAAAAACAUAACUGGUGUGCAUCUAAUACACUAAUACCGGGGU